GGAUGAUAUUGAUGUGAUAACAUCGACGUAGAGAGAUUGAUCAAUGUUUAUACAUUUGUGGAAGUGAUGAAGGUUAAAAUAAAGCAGUGGAAUGGUGUGGCGUCCUGGUUGUGGGUGGCCAAUGAUGAGAACUGUGGCAUCUGUCGAGCCCCUUUCAAUGGAUGCUGCCCAGACUGUAAGGUCCCAGGUGAUGACUGCCCGUUGGUUUGGGGUCAGUGCUCUCACUGUUUCCACAUGCACUGCAUCCUGAAGUGGCUAAAUUCUCAACAAGUACAGCAGCAGUGCCCAAUGUGCCGUCAGGAAUGGAAGUUUAAAGAGGGAGACACUUCCUGAGGAGAUCAAAUAAAUGCACCACAGAUUG